GAGGAGGGCGAGGAGGAGCGGGGAGGCGCGUGGUCCGACGGCGGCGGCCUCGACGGCCGCUGCGGCUCGCUGACGGGGGUGGCCGGCCGGACCGGGAAUGGGCCAGCCUGGUCACCGCGGCCGGCUGCCCCGUGCAUCCUCCGAGCCCUGUGUGCUGGCGCCGUUUUCCUUGCUGCUUCUGCUUGUGGUCGAGGCGGCGAUCCUGCUGCGACCGGGCCAAGCCGCGACGGAGACCACGGAACUGCCCGCAGACAACUCGUCCACCACUCCUUCCACCACGCUUUCCUCGCAGCACGAGGUCGCCGCACCGAGCAAGGCGGCACUCAGCCAGCCGCCCGAGGAAGGCGGCUACAGCUACUGGGUGCGGGGACCCGAGCAGUACGCGUCUCUGUCGGGCGACCUGAGCGUCGAGUACGGGCUGCCCGAGGUGCGCGGCGCCGCCGGCAGCGGCCCCGCGGGCGGCCUCACGGCGCACGUGGCCGAUGCGCGGGACGGCACGGUGCUGGCCAAGACCGACUUGCCCCGCCGGGGUUCCACGGGCCGCGCGGUGUUCGCCUGCGGGCUCGUGCACCGCGCCGGCAGAUACACCUUCGCGCUCGUCGCCGCCGACGGGGAGACCGUGCUGGCACGCUCGACGCGCGACACCCUGGUUCGCUGGCCGGAAGUGGUGACGCACGUGCCCCUCGUGCUGGAGACGUACGGCUCGGACGUGGUGGUGACAUUCGAGCUGCCGGGUCUGCGCUGCGCUCCCCUGCACCAGGACGACUACGGCUUCGUGGUGUCGCUGGUGUACCGGGGCGCGCACCGUGAGCCCGAAUCCUGGUUCCAGGAGUCCCUGGUCGACCAGAAGCCUCUGGCCAGCUGGGCCGAGCUGCGAAGCCACGACGUCACGCUUGACUGCGAGGCCUUCGACAGGGCUGGCUACUACCAGGUGCGCUUAUCGUGCGCCGACGACCCGAAGCUGCCGCUGGUGUCUGAGAGCGUGCCCGUGCGGGUUGUGUGGAGCUCUCGCUACAUGCUCAACGUGGCGCAAGCGGCCAUCUCUAGCUGCCACGACGGCAUCAAUGUCCUCUACCGGUACCCGACUACCUGCAGCAAGGACCGCGACAAGGUACGCGUGUACGGUCUUCCGGGUCCUGCCCGGCUGCCGGUGCACGCGUCUCCCCCCUGGCGCUACCUGUUCGAGCGGAGGCUGCCGCGGGGAAAGCACGCGCUCACUCUGGGGUGCCACCUGUUCCCCGAUGCGUACGCGCACUUCUGCUUCGCCUACGUCAGCGUGGCUCGCAAUGGCGCCGUCUUCGAGCUGCUCAGACAGUGCCGGCCCUGGUCGCUGGAGUCCGGCUCGUCGUCGUCGUCCUCCUGGGGCAACUGGACCGAGUGGGGUCCGUGCUCGGGGUCAUGCGGUCGUGGAAGCCAGAUGCGCUACAGGCUGUGCGGCAGGCUCGAUGGUACCUGCUUCGGCAGCGCCUACGACACCAGGUCCUGCACACUGGACCCCUGUCCAGACACCACACCGUCGGCAGAAAACGCGACCUCGACCACGCCGCUGCCGUCGACCUACUGCAUCUGCGGCUGCACGCUGACGGUGAUCCGGCGUGCCACCGUGCGCUUCUCCAGCUCGACGCCGUGCGUGGACAGCUCCGUGUCCUGGGUGCUCAAGCCGUUCUCGCGGCACAGGCUGGUCUCCGUGAGGUUGAUCAACGUGGAGCUGGACGCCGGCGAGAUAUCGGUGCGCGAUGGCACGUCUCCGCUGGGCGUCCUCCUGGCCGCCGUCCCUUCCGAAGGCGGCACCCAGCCGCUGCUCGAGGCCACCUCCCUGUCGGGGCCAGUCCGCAUCGACUACGUGGCCACCCAGGCCUCGACUAGGAACGCGUCGCACCAGGCGGUGGCCAGCUUCAGCAUUGCCUUCUGGGAAACGAACUCAACCUCAGCCAGUGUGGCUUCGCGGUACCCUCGCCGCUCCGGCCUGGCGCCGUUCCACUCGUCGGUGCACGCGCUGCUGGCCUUCCUGGGCUGCGCCGUGGUGCUGACCGUGUCCCUGCUGGCGGUCGCGUACCGGAGCCGCUGCUGCCUGACGCGGCGGCGGAAGGCGCGCAGCCUGGUCUCGGAAUCGCUGUGCUCGGACGGCGGCGUCGACUCGCGGCCCACGGUGUGCCUCCUGGCCGUGGGCUCGCUCACCUCCAUCUCGGAGAUGUCCGCGGAAGACGACGCGCCGGACGAGAACGAAGCUAUGCCUGUCGCGGGUGCCUUCCCGCUCAAGCAUUCGGGCGAGAGCCCCGAGGAUUACAUGGAGCAGGCGUGCCUGUUUAAAUCGGUCGGCUCCGUGUGCACGGCUUCGGUGUCUUCUACACCGGUGCUCAAGAAGCGGGUGCCAGUGGCCACAGUGUCUCCGCAGCCGCAGAGCCAAACGUGCACGCCGCGGCUUCCUCUCAAGCCGAGGCCGCUCAAGUACCUCAUCGCGGCGAGAGGCGACGGCGCCGAGGACUCGGUCGAGUCCCUGGAGGCCUCGGGGCGAGGCUCGAGCUGCCCCAACCAGCACCGGCGAGCGGCGGCUCCCGGCCUCGUGGACCGCGUUGCGAGCUGCGGUUCGCGCGCGAGGGACGGCGCGGCCGUCGCGCUGGCCGCGUCCCUCUCCGAGCUCAGCACUAGCGGCACCGAGGACGGCUUCGAGCUGGACUAUUACGACUACGGCUGCCACGACGUGCCCGGGUCGUUCUUCAGCGCACAAGUGGGCAGCUGGCCGCCGUUCCUGCCGCUGCCGGCCGAAGACGAGCUGCUGGAGUUGCAGCUGCAGAGCUACACAUUACCCCCGCCGACCGAGACGACCGCCUUGAGCGCGGUGGCUCAGGUGGACGAGUCUGAAGACGAGCAGUGACGGAAUAUAAGGGCGCCUCUGCUCAGCUGGAUGCCGGGUGCAGAAAGUGUUAAGUGUUUCAGACUGAAACGCCGUUUAGGCUGUGACUUUCCCGUCUAGGCUGUGAACUGCCCGAGUUCUGGCAAAUAACGCGAGGUGUUUACGCACAAUUUUGCAGAAUGCUAAUGUGGUCGUAAGUAGGACGCGCUUACACGCGUUUUACGCUGUUAAUGGCGUAUAUGUCUCGGACCAUCCCUCGCUACAAAUAUCGCAGCACACGCUUUCGACGACAUGUUUGUCAACCGUAGCGCCAUCAUGCACUUCGGGUAACCUGGCUGUCGCAAUGUGCGGGUCAGUGCGAUUCACUGGGCGGUCAACAUUGCCAAAUAGAGUGCAUAACGUUCUGCUCCCACCCUACUUCAGUUUUGAGCGUUUACAAGACUGACUACGACUUUGUUGCUAUGAUUGCACUCACCUGUGAUAUUUGGCUAAGAGGUGCGUAUAUGCCAAUCGCAUCGCUUAAAACGGAUUAGCAUUCAAAGUACGAUGCCCGAGUUCACAGCAUUGGUGGCGCAGUAAUCAUUCUUUGUCAUCCUUGCUGCAAACGAUGGUAUAUAUACAUUUCGAAUUAUUUAAGCCGGGCAAGUUAUUCCUUAACGAUUACAGCUGAAAAAAAUCCGCAAGUCCCAACGUCCUCUCUUGAGCGCUUCGGUUACACUUACCGGCUUUGUUGAUGUAGCUGCAAUAGCACCGUCGCCGAUUUCUGCCUGCGUGAUUUUUCCAGCUACGUUAUCAGGCCACGCAAGGUAAUUUUAGCGAAGCGCUACUUUUUUCUUGAACCAUGCGCAGCAGUUCAGGAGCCGAGUUCGCACUUUUCGUUCGUAUAAGUGCUGUUUGCCAUUGUCUGGCCAUUUUCACUGAUAACAUGCCCGAUAUAACGGAUGACUAACUCGAAGAGUUCUAGCGAAGAGUUCUAUCGUAAAAACUUUUUGUGUAAAUACUUGCCCCGUCCCGCAAGUGUGGACAAACGGUGGGUCACCUGUGCACAAGUUCUGAAACAGCGUCGUGAACGAAGGCAUUCUUCAAAAUGUUUGACUUUCGUAUCAUUGCCGCCAUUUUUUGUUCUGUUGUUUUCGUUUGUUGCUCCUUUGCUCCUCAAAGGUCGCUUUGCCUGUUGGCCUUCGUCUUCAAAUACACGUAAAUUGCAGAAAGGCUUUCUCACCCGACAACCAUCGAAGCAAUCUUGAUGAAAAUUAUUGCAUUAAGAAAAGCUUAAUUUUGCCGAAUGUUGUAAGUAGAUUUCUUGUUCGUCCUUAGGACCUUCGAUGUUCUUACAAAAGUUGGGAAGUAAGAAGCGAAGCAUCGAUUUUCUAGCAAUUAAAAUGUUUGCCACAACAUUAUGAACUGCAUCAGUUUAUAUUAUGAGUAAAUUAUAUUGUAUACUAAUAUAUAUAUUUAUUGUACCUCGCUCUGAAAUAAAUCACUAAUCAGGUAGUAGAACACUUGAAGAUGUCACAUAAGCAAUGUAACUUCCUCUAAGCACUAAACUAAUACAUUUAUCCGCAGUAUAUAAACACUCUCAAAUACAGUUUAGAGAAUUUCGGUGCCUGUUUUUAAUAGGAUUUUUUUUUUUUUCACUUCCAGAGUUCUGCCCACUUCCGGCGUUUUCGGUAAGACAGUCGAGGCCCUCAAUCAGAACUGCUUUCAGUGAUCGAUAUUUAUUAGCUUUCUCUCACUUGUAAAAAAUUUUAUUAAAGCUAGUUUAUCGCUUGCCUAGUGAGAUCCCUUCUGCGUUUGACUUGUAUUUGCAUGGGGAACCUUGACUUGACCAGGAGCUAUAGCGCUUCCUUUGAAGAGCAAUCUUUCCUCAUUUGCAUAUCGAGUACCUGACAACAUCGAAUCGCAAGCACAUUUUUCGUCAUUUGCUCUUUUGCGAUAUCACAGUCCCCCUCACGCACACUUUAUUGUCUUGAGCAUGGAGAGAAGCUAAAUUUUCUAAUAAACAUCCUAGGAUUGAUUUUCCUUAGCAUUGUACCGAGGCAACGUAGAAGUGUUGCAAGUGAUCGGCAAUUGGAGCAGCAAAACUGCGAUAAGCGGCGCUGCAGCUCAUGACAUGCUGAUAGCAGGAUACUGGGCCGAUCCAACUCCUUGCACUCGAGGGUAGUUCGGCAGCCGGUUGCGGCUUGGAAAGGUUGGCUGUUGGCCAGCCUACGGAACGGGCCAUGAAAAGAUUAUGAUGUAGACAAUCGCUCGAACGCUGUCGUCUAAGGGUACCCGCCGGCCUCCCCUACACUUCAAACAUGGGAGGAGCCAGCAGCUCUGCAUAUUUGUGCGCAUGUUUGCCCAUUCCUGCACAGCAACGCCGCGUGUCGCCAUUUCGCCACUUGCUUUGCCGGUCACUAGUGCUAAUCUUUUUGUGUUCGGUGCCACUGCACAUUCUUUGUUAUCGUUAUGUUUUACCGAGAGGGCAUUACCGCAGCAGCUUUGACUCUGUUUUUCUGUUCUUUAGCUUACCGCGUGAGAGAAGCACCGUGAAGUCGAAUACUUAUUUGGUGGUAUUCUUGACAUCGUCAGAUUCCGCCAUAUUGUCAAAUUGUAUAAUGACGGCAUUUUAGAGCCAAUCGGAGAAACCGCAGCAGCCAGCUGGGCCAAUCACAGUUGACAAGAUGGCGAACCCGAUAUUAUGGCGGAAUUUGUUAAUGUCCAGAAUAGCGCCAAUUAUCGCAGUGCACCUUGCCAUUGUUGUGGUCCUUUAAUACUCAGUUCGUCAAAUUCUGCGCGCGUAAGUUGUAUGAAUGCGCGGAUCUACAGCGACUAGUCAUUGGCUCCGACGAGGACGGCAUUAUGGUGUCAGUUCUUUCUUCAGGACGAAUGUUUCUUUUUUUUUUGAGUCCUGAUUAUGUCACUUCCUCACAAGCAAGGGCUCUUGUCUUAUGGACCUUGGCGCAGACAAUGAUGAACCAAAUCAUUACGUCAGUACGUAAAGCCUUGCCAGCGUUUGUAAAUAGUUGAUGGCGCUAGUCACUUCUGAAAAUUGUGUUUAAUAAAAAUGUUUUGCUACACGA